AUGGAACCCAAGAACAGGGAAGUCUCUAUCUCCAAAGCGUUGGCUUAUUUAUUGAGGCACGGUGCCGUUAAAGAGAAGCUACCUAUCGAUUACAAUGGUUACAUUGAACUGGAUUCACUGUUACAGCAUAAUAGACUUAAAAGUUUGAAAGCUACUGUGCCAGAAAUAGAACAUAUUGUUGCCAGUAAUGACAAGAAACGAUUUCAUCUUAAGGAAGAUCCAGAUACUGGGAAACUAAUGAUUUGUGCAGUGCAAGGUCAUUCUCUAAAACAGAUCAAACCAUCUGAAGAAGUAUUGGAACCCAUCACAAAGACUGACCAAUUGCCCGACCACUUAGUUCACGGAACUAAUAUCAAAAACUGCAUUCAAAUCCUUGAAUCGGGUUAUAUAAAGAAAAUGAACAGGAAUCAUGUGCACUUGUCACCGGGCAUCACAGGUAAGCAUUCAGAAGUCAUCAGCGGGAUGAGAUACUCAAGUAAUGUUUUCAUUCAUGUGAAAAGAACUCAAGAAGCGGUCGAUAAACUCAAAAUAUUCAAAUCACUCAACAAUGUAUUUCUUUCCUCCCUUGAUAUCCCAUUAGAAUACAUAGAGCUCAUUCAAGUUAGGCCGCCAAAUGCUCAAGUGUCCAACGAAUCAAACUCUCCAAAGAAUCAUCAAUUGAAACUAUUAGAAGAACUCGCAUCAAAUAACAGCAUCAAAGUUGAAUACAUGUAG